CCAUUUCUAACUCCAGCCGUCCGAGACGAGCUUUGGGCCAUCUGGCAAUCUGAUCCCCGCAUUCCAACAAUUGCUUCGCGACGUGCAUGGGCCGCCUCGCGGAAUGUAAGCCCCAUGCGCGUCGACCAUUGGUUCAAUGCUCGCAAAGCACAGGCGAAGAAAGUGGGUCAGCCGAUAGCAAACGAGACAUACGAACUUUCGCUGGAG